AUGAGGGCCUUUUCUCUGGCUCGUCUGCCCUCCCGCGCUGUUUCUGGCCUGGCGAGAUCGUCCGUCCGUCUCCAGUCGCAGAACUUCCUCUACCAGCGCUGCGCUUCGACGGUUGCCCUCCGUGUCCCUUCGUCGCUGAACCAGACUCCUGUCGGCAGACAAUGGCAGCAGAGACGGAAUGCGUCCGCUGCUGCGGAGGUUCUCGAAGCCGCUGCAGUGAAUCCGGAGGCGCUCUCGCAGCAGACCAUCAUUGAGAAUCUCGACCCUGCCGAGGCAAAGCGCCUGGCCAGAGUGCGGAACAUUGGUAUUGCAGCCCACAUCGACAGUGGUAAGACGACCUGUACCGAGCGCGUGCUCUACUAUACCGGCCGUAUCGGAGCGAUCCAUGAAGUCCGUGGGCGCGACGCCGUUGGAGCCAAGAUGGAUUCCAUGGAACUCGAGCGUGAGAAGGGUAUCACCAUCCAGUCGGCCGCGACCUUCUGCGACUGGAUCAAGACCGGGGAGGAUGGCGCAGAGAACAAGUAUCACAUCAACUUGAUUGACACACCCGGUCAUAUUGACUUCACGAUCGAGGUCGAGCGUGCUCUUCGUGUGCUCGACGGCGCCGUCAUGAUCCUGUGUGCCGUGUCCGGUGUGCAGUCCCAGACCAUCACGGUCGAUCGGCAGAUGAGACGGUACAAUGUGCCUCGCAUUUCCUUCAUCAACAAGAUGGACCGUAUGGGCGCCAAUCCGUUCAAGGCUAUCGAUCAGAUCAACACCAAGUUGAGGAUUCCUGCCGCCGCCGUGCAGGUCCCCAUUGGCGCCGAAGACGAGUUCGAGGGUGUGGUCGACCUGAUCCGCAUGAAGGCCAUCUACAACGAGGGUUCCAGCGGUGAGAACAUCGUGGAGAAGGACGAGAUCCCCGACAAGGUCAAGGCCAUCGCUGAGGAGAGGAGACGCAUGCUGAUCGAGACCCUGGCCGAUGUGGAUGAUGAAAUUGCAGAGCUGUUCCUGGAAGAGCUUGAGCCGACUGAGCAGCAGCUCAAGGACGCCAUCCGCCGGGCCACCAUCGCUUUGAAGUUCACCCCGGUCUUUAUGGGCUCUGCGCUUGCCAACAAGUCCGUCCAGCCCAUGCUGGAUGGCGUCUGCGAUUACCUGCCCAACCCCUCGGAGGUCGAAAAUCUUGCCCUCGACCAGAAGCGCAAGGAGGCCUCCGUGAAGCUGGUGCCCUAUGGAUCUCAGCCAUUUGUCGGCCUUGCUUUCAAGCUCGAGGAGAGCAAUUUCGGCCAGUUGACCUAUAUUCGUGUGUACCAAGGAACGCUGCGCAAGGGGUCCAACGUCUUCAAUGCCCGCAACAACAAGAAGGUCAAGGUGCCCCGUAUCGUCCGGAUGCACUCCAACGAGAUGGAGGAAGUGAGCGAGAUCGGCGCCGGUGAAAUCUGCGCCGUGUUCGGUGUGGAAUGUGCCUCGGGUGAUACCUUCACCGACGGACAGCUGAGCUACACCAUGUCGUCGAUGUUUGUUCCCGAGCCCGUCAUUUCGCUCUCGAUUAAGCCCAAGGACAACAAGGACUCGGCCAACUUCUCCAAGGCCAUGGCCCGUUUCCAGAGAGAGGACCCGACUUUCCGCGUGACCCACGAUGCCGAGAGCUCCGAGACCAUCAUCUCCGGCAUGGGCGAGCUGCACCUGGAUAUCUACGUGGAGCGGAUGCGCCGUGAGUACCGUGUCGACUGUGUGACUGGCCAGCCCCAGGUUGCCUACCGUGAGACUCUGGGCGGCCGGGUCGAAUUCGACCACUUGCUCAAGAAGCAGACCGGUGGUGCCGGUGACUAUGCCCGCGUGAUGGGCUGGCUGGAGCCUACUGGCAAACUGGAGGAGAACGUAUUCGAGGAGCAGAUUGUGGGAGGCAGCAUUUCCGAGAAGUUCCUCUUCGCCUGUGAAAAGGGAUUCCACCUGUCCUGCGACAAGGGUCCUCUUGUCGGGCACAAGGUUCUGGGCACGAAGAUGGUCAUCAACGACGGUGCCACCCAUAUGACCGAUUCGUCCGAAAUGGCCUUCAAGAUCGCCACGCAGCAGGCCUUCCGCAAGGCUUUCCAGGAGAGUCAGCCCAUGAUCCUGGAGCCCCUGAUGAAGACGGUAGUGACUGCCCCGUCGGAGUUCCAGGGUGAUGUGAUCGCCCUGCUGAACAAGCGCAACGCCACCAUCAACGACACCGAGACGGGCGUCGACGAGUUCACCCUCUAUGCCGACUGCAGUCUCAACGCCAUGUUCGGCUUCUCUUCCAACCUGCGCGCCGCCACUCAGGGCAAGGGUGAAUACACGAUGGAGUUCAGCCACUACGAGAAGGCUCCUCCGCAAUUACAGAAAGAACUUAUCCAGAAGUACGCCAAGGCUCAGGCCGAGAGGAACAAGAAAUAG